CCCCACAUCGCGGGCGGAGCCCCCCGCUCGGCUCCCCGGAACCCCCUCCCGCCCCGAGGGGCCGGGACAUGGAGGCAGAUGCGGUGAGCGCCGGGGGGGCCAUGGCGGAGGACCGCCCCCCCCGGCUGGUGGAUUACUUCGUGGUGGCCGGCCUGGCCGCCGGGGCCGCGGGGCCGGGCGAGGACGAGGAGGCGGCCGGGGGCCCGGCCCUCGCCCCGCGCCCGGCCGACCCCAUCACCGACGUGGCGGUGGUGGCCCGGGCCCUGGGGGAGGAGGUGCCCCAGGGCUUCACCUGGGUCCGGGCCUCGGCCGGCGGCCACCCCCUGGAGCAGGGGUCCGGCCUCCUGGCCGGGCCGCCCCCCGCCAUCUGCUACCGCCGCGGCCGCGACAAGGCGCCCCUGGUGGAGCUGGGGGUGCUGUAUGAGGGCAAGGAGCGGCCCAAGCCCGGCUUCCAGGUGCUGGACACGACGCCCUACAGCCAUUCGGCCAACCUGGCCCCGCCGGGCCCCGGCCACCCUCGCACCUACCUCACCUACCGGCGGGCUGCCGGCGGGGCGGGCCUGCACACCCUGGGCAUCACCGACCUGUGCCUGGUGCUGCCCGGCCGCGGCGAGGGCACCCCGCAUACCUACCGCCGCGUGCCCCGCGGCCUGCGCCCCAGCCUGUGGGGCCCGGCCGUCUACCUGUGCUACAAGGUCGGCGUCGCCAAAGCCCACACUCUGGUCUACGAGGCAGGGCUGCUGGGGCGCUACCCGCCGGAGGACAACGAGGCUUUCCCGCUGCCCGAGUCGGUGCCCACCUUCUGCCUGCCCACGGGCGCCACCAUCGAGUGCUGGCCCUCCCACACCAAGUACCCCGUCCCCGUCUUCUCCACCUUCGUGCUGACCAGCGCCACCGGGGACAAGGUGUACGGGGCGGCGCUGCAGUUCUACGAGGAGUACCCGCGGUCCCGCCUGUCGGAGCGCCAGAGCCGGGCGCUGGGCCUGCUGAGCGCCGUGGAGCGGGGCCGGGCGCUGGGGGGCCGGGCCGUGCGGGCCCGCCGGGCCGUGGCCGUCCUGUCCCGCUGGCCGGCCUUCCCGGCCUUCCGCGUCUUCCUCACCUUCCUCUACCGCUACUCCGUGUCCGGCCCCCACCGCCUGCCCCUGGAGGCGCACAUAUCUCACUUCAUUCACAACGUCCCCUUUCCCUCUCCCCAGAGACCCCGCAUCCUUGUACAGAUGUCUCCCUACGACAGCCUCCUCCUCUGCCAGCCCGUCUCCUCCCCGCUGCCCCUCAGCGGCGCCAGCUUCCUGCGGCUGCUGCAGAGCCUGGGCCCGGACCUGGCGGUCACCCUGCUGCUGGCCGUGCUGACCGAGCACAAGCUCCUCGUCCACUCCCUGCGGCCGGACCUGCUGACCAGCGUCUGCGAGGCCCUCGUCUCGAUGAUCUUCCCGCUGCACUGGCAGUGUCCGUACAUCCCGCUGUGCCCGCUGGUGCUCGCGGACGUGCUGAACGCCCCCGUCCCCUUCAUCGUGGGCGUCCACUCCAGCUACUUCGACCUGCACGACCCCCCCACCGACGUCAUCUGCGUCGACCUGGACACCAACACGCUCUUCCAGACGGAGGAGAAGAAACUUCCGUCUCCCCGCUCUCUGCCCCGCCGGCCCUACAGAGUCCUGCUGGCCACGCUGACCGCCCUCUACCAGCAGCUGGACCAGACGUACACGGGUCCGGAAGAGGAGAUGUCGCUGGAGUUCGUGCUGACCGACUACGAGGCCGUGUGCGGCCACCGGGCGCGGCUGGAGCGCGAGGUCCAGGCCGCCUUCCUGCGCUUCAUGGCCUGCCUGCUCAAGGGCUACCGCGCCUACCUGCGGCCCCUCACCCAGGCCCCCUCCGAGCGGGCCCGCGACGUCGCCAACCUCUUCUCCCUGCAGGAAUUCCUGAAGUCGCGGGAGCGUUCGAGCCACAAGCUGUACGGGCAGCUGCUGCGGACGCAGAUGUUCUCGCAGUUCAUCGAGGAGUGCUCCUUCGGGACCGCCCGGCCCGGGCCCGCGCACGCCACCGCCGCCCUCGAAUUCUUCGACUCCUGCGUGGACAAGGUGCACCCGGAGCAGGAGAGGCCGGAGCCGGCGCCCCUGCUGGACCUGGAGGAACCGACCGGCAGCGAGCUCACCGUCUUCAUCACCCCCCCCGAGGAGCCCCCCGCCCCCGAGGGCGCCGAGCCGCCCCCCGUGUACUGUUAUGACGGGUUCCCCGAGCUCCGGGCCGAGCUGUUCGAGCCCCCCGAGGAGGUGCCCGCCCCCUCCGCCGCCGGGCCCCCGCGGAGCACCCCCAGCAGCCCCGCCCCCCGGAGGUCCAAGCAGGAGAUGAAGGUGGCCCAGCAGGUGGCUCAGCGGUUGGCGGCGGUGCCCGAGCUGUGGGCGCGCUGCCUGCUGGGCCACUGCUACGGGCUGUGGUUCCUGUGCCUGCCGGCCUACGUGCGGACCGCCCCCUCCAAGGUCCAGGCCCUCCACGCCGCCUACCGGGUGCUGCGCCAGAUGGAGCGGCGCAAGGUCGUCCUGCCCGAUGAGGUGUGCUACCGCGUGCUCAUGCAGCUGUGCUCCCACUACGGACAACCGGUGCUCUCCGUCCGCGUGCUCUUGGACAUGCGGCGAGCGGGCAUCGUGCCCAACACCGUCACCUACGGCUACUACAACAAGGCGGUGCUGGAGAGCCGGUGGCCGGCGGGCACCGCGGGCGGACGGCUGCGCUGGGCCAAGCUCCGGCACGUGGUCCUGGGGACCGCCCAGUUCCGCCACGGCCUCCGGGAGCGGCAGCGGCGGGCGCAGCGGGCGGCGGGCCGGCCCCGGCCAGGUGAGCGGGGGCGGAGGGAGGGCGGGCGGGGCCGCCCGCGGGACGACCCCCCGGAGCGGCCCCCGCCCAUCCGCCCCCUGCAGCGGCAGACCACGUGGGCCGGGCGCAGCCUCCGGGACCUGGCCCGCUCCCCCGGGCGCCUGGUGAAGAGCAGCAGCCUGGGCAGCGCCCGCCUGGACGAACCCAGCAUCGAGGCCGGGGUGGCGCAGAUGAUCGAGGCCAUGGGCGCCCUGGAGCCGCACGGGUCGCCGUGGCCCAACGGCAGCCUCUCGGACGUGAGCCUGGCGGCCGGCGAGGAGCCGGGCCCCCGGCCCGCGGCGGCCGCCCGGCGGACCCCGUCCCCCGGUCGGGGCGGGAGCGGGCCGGGGGGGACCCCGCGGCGGGGGCUGGGGGACCGGCUGCAGCGGCUGCUGACCCCCUCCCGCCGCAGCCCCCUGCGCCCGCCCCCCGACGGGGGCGCCGCCCGGCCCCGGGAGCGACCCGGCUCCACCGCCUCCGAGAGCUCGGCCUCCCUGGACAGCGAGUGGGAUCUGUCGGACACCUCGGGCGGCAGCCUGGGGCUCCAGCCCUCGGUCGAGCGACUCGGCGACGCCCCCCCGGCCUGCCAGCCGCCCCCCCUCGAGGUCCUGUUGUCCAGCUGCUCCCUGUGCCCGGCCUGUGACUCGCUGGUGUUCGACGAGGACAUCAUGGCCGGCUGGGCCCCGGACGACUCCAACCUCAACACCACCUGCCCGUUCUGCGCCCACCCCUUCGCGCCCCUGCUGAGCGUGCGGAUCCUCGACGCCCGGCCCAGCGGGCCGCCCGCCGCCGCCGCGCCCGGCCGCGACGCCCCCGUGCCGGGCGGCCCCGGCCCCGUCUUGAGCGACCGCCGCCUCUGCCUGGCCUUGGACGGCCCCGACGUCCACAACGGGGCCUGGCCCCCGGCGCCCGCCCCCCGACGGGAAGCCGGGGGCGGGGCCUGGGCCUACCUCAGCCCCCUGGUCCUGCGGAAGGAGCUGGAGUCGCUGGUGGAGCACGAGGGCAGCGAGGUCCUGGCCCGGCCCGACCUGGUGGCCGCCCACCCCGUCCUCUUCUGGAACCUGCUCUGGUUCUUCCAGCGCCUCGCGCUGCCCAGCACGCUGCCCGGCCUGCUGCCCGCUCUGGCCCCGGCCCCCGCCUGUGACGGGGACGCUGCCGCCCAGAUCUCCCCCCGCCCCGCCCCGCCCUCCCGGCCGCCCCCCGCCCCCGCUCAGAUCCGGCUGCUGUGGGACGUGCUGACCCCCGACCCCUCCGGCUGCCCGCCCCUCUACGUGGUCUGGAGGAUGCACAGCCAGGUCCCGCAGCGGGUGGCGUGGACGGGCCCGGUGCCGCCCGCGCUGAGCCUGGAGCUUCUGGAGGGCAUCUUGUUCCACGUGGGGCUCGGGGAGCUGCACAAGGCCAUCGGGCUCCUCAUGGAGACGCUGAGGGGUCUCUCGUCACAGACUCUGCGUCUACAGAGGAGUAUUUACAGGGAAAUCCUGUUUCUCACCCUGGUGGCCCUGGGCAAGGACCACGUGGAUAUAGCCGGCUUCGACAAGAAGUACAAGUCGGCGUUCAGCAAGCUGGCCGGCAGCCUGGGCAAGGAGGAGCUGCAGCGGCAGCGGGCGCAGAUGCCCAGCGUGAAAGCCAUCGACUGCCGCAAGUGCUUCGGCGGGAGCUCGCUGGAGUGCUAGUGUCUGG